AAAAGUCUUAAAUUCCAUAAUGUAAAAAUGAGCCCUUAAUUAGCAUUAAAAUGUCUUAAAUCCCUAUUUCAAAGGUCUUAAAAAUACAAUCAAACCUAUACCGUGAAGAAUAUUUUAUUUUCAUUUUAAAAUCAUGUAACAUUUCGUCUAUUUGUCACGCAGAAAAAAAAUAGGCGGAACCAUCUAACAAAUUACAAGUUCACGGAGAAAUUUGAUAGGUGCGUGACUGGAUAUUAAUGUUAGCAAAUGGUGAAAAUUUCUUGCUUCAAGCAUGGCGAAGUGCAAAUAUAAUAAACUGGUUACAUAACCCUAAAUUUGCGUCGUGGUUAAGACCAGUUUGUGGCAAUGCUUCCGAGGUCUGGUGUUUAUUGUGCAAGAAAGUUUUAAAACUCAGAACAAUGGAGAUAAAAGCUUUGGAGACCCACAUGCAGUGCGAAAAACACAAAGCGGCUGCGGAAACCUGUCAGAAAACACCAGGGCCCAUAUUCAUAAAGAAUCUUAAUGCAAAAAGUAGCUCCUAGUGACAAAAUUCUAAGAAAAUUCUUAGAAAUGUGGGUGUUUACACUUAAAAUUAAAGAAAAAAUCUUAGUAAAAAAAAAAGUAAUUCAGAAAGCAUCUUAACCCUUAAAAGAGGUCUUAAGGUCAAACUUGUUAGGAGCACAGACGAGGACUUUUAAGAGGCUUAAGAGUUUCUUUAGCAGAGGAGAAAAUGGCAGAAAGAUGAAGAGGCAGAAGAAAUGUGUUGCAGACAAUGGAUGACAGUGAGUUAAUAAGACGCUAUAGAUUAGAUUGUGCAGGGAUCAUGUUUGUGACUGAUCUUAUUAGAGACGUGCUAACAUCUCCGACACAGCGCAGAAAUGGCAUAGCGCCAGAAAUUUAAGUAAUUACUACAUUAUGAUAUUUGGCAACUGGGAAGAUGCAACAGUGCAAUAGUUAUGAUUUGGGUCUGUCACAAAGGAUUUAUAUACACACAUAUUGUGUGUGUGAGAGAGAGAGAGAGAGAGAGAGAAUGGUCAAAUAGGAAAAAUUAUGCAUGUAAAUUCGAAGUGAGAAUUAGAAUAGACCGUUUGGCUCGACCGCAACGCUCAGAGCUGAGGUACUCUGGUGUCUGCGUACUGUAACAAAGCACCAGUCCUAUAACGCUAACGAUGCUGUCGCGGACAUUUUUCGAACCAUGUUUCCCAACUCAGAAAUCGCUCGUACAUUUGCGUGCUGUAAAGACAAAACUGCAUACAUUGCCAGAUUUGGACUGGCUCCUUACAUAACCAAACUCCUCGGUGCAGAUUUUAACAAGGAACUGUUUGUUUUAAUGUUUGACGAGAGCCUUAAUGAAAUGUCCAAAAAUAAGCAAUUGGAGUUGCAUGUCUGAUAUUGGGGACAAGAUUACGUCCAGUCAAGAAACCUAGGUUCACAAUUCAUGGGACAUGGGACAGCUCACGAUUUGCUCCACCAUUUCAAAGUAAGUACCAACCCAUCACUAAUCAAUUUUAUGCAUUCUAGCUAGCAGUAAUUAUUCUUUUUUGAUAUGUAGUGUGUAUGUAUAUAUUAGACACAUUAAUAUGUGUAAUGUUUUUGAAAGAAGAUUCUUAUGCUCAUCAAGGCUGCAUUUAUUUGAUCUAAAAUACAAAAAAUAAAUUAUAAUUAUUUAUUAAAUAUGUAUAGCCCAAGUAAUUUAUUCCUGUAAUGGUAAAACUGAGUUUUCAGCAUCAUUACUCCAGUCUUCAGGAUCACAUGAUCCUUCAGAAAUCAUUUUAAUUUGCUGAUUUAUUAUUAAUGUUGGAAAACUUUGUGCUGCAAUAUAUAAUGCAAUAUAAUGGCAAACAUUUUUUUUUUCUGUGUAUUAACUUGCACGGAUUAAUUGUUCACCAUAAGAUUAGUAAUAUGCGCUAACAAAGUAAAUAGGGUCAAUUUUGAUUUCAUGCUGACUUUGAAAUAGAAAACCAUUGUUUUAAAUUGUAAUAACAUUUGGUAAUAUUACUGUUUUUUUCUAUUUUUGAUCAAAUAAAUGCAGCCUUGGAAUAUUGGCAUACCAAUUUGCCAAACUUUGAUCUCAUUAUUUUAUUUAACUUUUGUUUGUAGGAAUGUGCAUAGCAGCUGUUUCUAUGGAUGGUCCAAAUAUAAAUUGGAAGUUUUUAGAACUGCUGCAACAAGAGCAUCGUGAGCAGUUUGGUGGCACACAGCUCAUUGUGGUGGGGAGCUGUGGCCUCCACACCCUACAUAUAGCCUGCAAACAUGGUUUCACCAUUUGGAAGCUAGAGAAGGUUCUGAGGGCCUUGCACAUACUCUUCCACAAUGCGCCAGCUAGGAGGGAGGAUUUCACUGCUCUGACCAAAUGCACAAAAUUUCCACUUCCAUUCUGUGGACACAGUUGGCUCGAAAAUCUACCAGUCGUGGAGAGAGCUUUGGAAUUCUGGCCAUCAGUGACCAUGUACAUGGAUGCAGUCAGGAAAAAGAAGCUACCAAAUCCAGGAACAGCAUCGUAUGACACUCUUGAAAUUGCUGAAAAAGACCCUGUUAUUCUGGCGAAGCUACAUUUCUACAUGGCUAUCACAAAGACCUUCAGUCCUUUUCUUACCUUCUAUCAAACGGAUGUACCAGUGAUUCCGUUCCUUGCCAAAGACUUGGCUGAGCUGAUGAAGAGUAUGCUAACGUGUUUUGUCAAUAAAGAGGUACUCAAGGAUCUCAGUUCACUGCAGCUGGUCAGGCUGGAUGUCAGUGACAAACAGAGCUGGGUCAACCUAAAGGAAGUAAACAUGGGAUUGGGUGCAGAAUCACUCCUUAUGGAACUACAGAAAAAGAUAGGUGAACUCACAGCCCUGGAGUUUAGGAAAGACUGUGUCAAGGUGAUGUGUACCAUCAAGAAAAGAGCCCAUUAAAGUAUCCUGUAGUGAGGCACGUGGCGUGUUUGGAGCUCAGCAUGAUGAGGUCUGACCCUUACUGGUGCAAGAGCAAUAUGACAAAACUGGUGCAGAGGUUUUUGCAAGCCCAACAGUUGUCAGGAGGUGUCUCUGCUGGUGAUACUAACCAACAGAAACCAGGCUAGAAAUAUUCCUGCAUGGAGUUCUUGGGCAGCGCGAUGAGUUAUGGAGCUUUUGCAAGAAACUGCUUCUCCUGUCCCAUGGGCAGGCAACAGUGGAGAGAGGAUUCUCCAUUAAUAAGUGGAGACCUGUAAUAUGCAGGGGGAGACAAUGGUCAGUCAUCGACUAAUAUGUGAUUAUGUCAGCAUCUUACUGAGUUACUGGCCUCUGCUGCAUCUGCUGGAUCAAGAUACAGAACGCACCUUGAUCAGCAGAAAAAAAUCCAAAUCACUGAUGUCCAGGCACAGAAGCGCAAAGCUUUGGAAGACGACAUAGAGGACCUGAAAAAAAAAAGAAGAGAAUUCUGGUCCAGGUAUCUUUGAGCCUGCAGAAGGAUGCUGACCAGCUUGCAGAAGAAGCUGAGGGAAAAGCUGGCACCUUGAUGGCACACCUCAUUACAAAAUCCAACACACUGAGCAAGCGAUAUAAAGAAAAAAACAAAUGAAUUACAGCAAAUUGAGAGAGAGUUGGAUACAAAGGGCAAAGAACUGAGAUCUAUACAGUAAAAACCCAAUGUUCAGAUUAUUGGCAUGCAGUGUACAUGCCUCAUGUUACUGCUGUGCGGUUUGUUUGAAAUCUUUGUAGGCUGUCGAUGUUCUGCCUAAUGUUUAGUCAAUCUUUGCACUGUUUUGCAAUUUAUUGUUCUUUCACACCUUCAAUAUGUCAAUAAACAAUGUGUGUUAAUGAU